AUGUCCCAUACCGAUUCAGACUCGACAAAUGCAGCACUCUGUGAGAUAUUUAAACCUUGGGGUUGGCCACGAAUCAUACAAAGUGAUAACGGCCCCCCCUUCCAAGGUACAUUAUUUUGCCAUUUCUGGGAAUCUAAAGGUGUUAAAGUGAGGAAGUCAAUACCCUUGAGCCCGCAAUCGAACGGAGGCGUAGAGCGUCAGAACCAAGGUAUUACUAAAGCAGUAGCAGCAAGUAAAAUCGAUGGCACAAAUUGGCGCACAGAACUGCAAAAAUACGUCCACAACCAUAACACAUUAGUGCCUCACUCUAGACUAAACGUUACUCCGUUCGAAUUGCUAGUGGGAUGGAAGUAUCGUGGUACUUUUCCCGCACUUUGGUCUGGAUUGAACGAGAAACAUUUGGAUAGAACAAGUGUCCGUGAAAUAGAUUUAGAAUCAAAACUUACCAGCGAACGUUAUGCAAAUUCAUCUAGAGGAGCCAAGCCUUCCAAUAUUGCCGUUGGGGACAAAGUGCGAUUAGCUCAAUUGAGAAGAAGUAAAACAGACCCCGUAUUUUCCGACGAAUGCUUCGAUGUAUUGGCAAGAGAAGGGGCUAAGGUCGUCAUAGGAAGUAGAUCCGGCGUUCAGUACACUAGAAACAUAAGAGAUGUUAAAAAGAUUUCAUGGGAAAAUGAUACCGACGACGAACAACACUUCGAUACAGAUGGUGGUGAACCAAAUCAAACGACUGAUGCUGUUACGGAUGUACACAUUAGCAAAACUCCUGAUAGAAUGGGACUACGAGCCAGGUCGAGUAUUAAAAAACCUCUUCGCUACGACGAUAGCUUUAUUUAUCGCGUGUUCUGCUAA